AUGGCCUCAACACCACCCGACGGGGAAGCAGCGAUGGUAUGGUGGUCCAGACGCCAUCCUCCAGCAAAUCCCACCGAGUCUUUUGCUGGAAAGACAGUUCUCAUUACCGGAGCCAAUGCUGGACUUGGAUUUGAAGCCUCACUCAAAUUCGCUGCACUGGGUGCUUCUCGUCUUAUAUUCGGCGUUCGGACUCUCUGGAAAGGCGAAGAGGCUCGUUCUAAGAUAUGCCAGCAGACCGGAUAUAGCAAGGACAACAUUCAUCUAUAUGAGCUUGACAUGAGCACAUUUGAUUCUGUUAAACGAUUCGCUGUGGCCAUCUCCAGAGAAGAGAGAAUCGACAUUGCCAUUUUAAACGCAGGCGUCGUAUCGCCAUCAUUUCGCCUCAGCCCGGAAGGUUACGAGAUGACAGUUCAGGUCAUGGUUCUAUCUACGGCGCUGCUGGCAAUUUUGAUUAUUCCACAACUUCGGAAAUCGGCCAUGAUAGCCAAAACUCCGGCCCACCUCGAAAUAGUGGCAAGCAUUGCUUCUCGUUCCGCUAAGAUCGAUUGUUUCUCUCAAAGCAACGACGCAAUCUUGAACCAGGUCAACCAAGCCAAAUUCUUUGGUGUACAACGACAAUACCAAAUUGCGAAACUGUUUCAAAUGUACAUUUUGGAGGGACUGGUACAAGGGACAAGGUCAAUUGAAUGCGACCCAGGUGAUCCUGGCAUUAUCAUCAAUGCGGUUUGCCCUGGACCUUGCAAAACAACCAUAGGUCGCGAUUUCUCUACCAUCUUGCAGGUUCCAAUGCUCAUACUCCAAUCUAUCUUCUUCCGUACAGCCGAACAGGGGGCAAGGAGUUAUGUUAGCGGUGCAAUUCUGGGUCCUGAGUGUCAUGGAAAGCUAUGGAACUCUGAUAUAUUCCUCGACAUGGGGGAAUCGUGUACAAGCGUACAGGGAAAAGCCACUCAGAAGAAGGUAUGGCAGGAGAUCGUGGAGGUGCUGCGACCACACGCGCCGGAAGAAAUAUUGAAACCUUAUGUGCUUUGA